AUGCUUACUGAUCACCUGUUCCUCGAAAAGCAUAAACAGAUCGAGAAGAAAAAGAAGGAGCAUUUUGAAAGACGAGUCUGGUAUUGUGAUCCGACGAACAUCAUGAGCUGGAACUUGUUCAUCUGCUUCCUUCUUCUCACCUUAUUUUCUUGCUCAUUUGUCAAUGGCGGUUCCGGUUCGGACAACUCUGCUACCGAAUAUUCCUUGGAUGCUUCUCUUCAAGCAUUUGCCUUCAAAGCACUGCUCCGCCACCGGCCUCACACGGGCGCUCUCUACAAAGCCAUCCUUCCGGCCAAUCUUUCAAGCAUCGACGUCUCAAUUGUCCGCCUCAGAAGCCGCAGGUUGUGGAACAGGGGGGCCAAUUUCAGCUUCUUUCACAUACCGUCAAGAACUAUGCCUGUGCCUCACGUAAGAAGGCUUGCUAUUGUUUAUCAGAACUUGGGUAACUUGUCUUCCCAGUUCUACGGCGUGAAGGGUUACUCUCCGGUCACUCCGGUCGUCGGCUUCCUGGUUUUUGAUGCGUCAAAUGUUAGCGCCAAAAGCAUCAGAAAGCUGAGCCUUAACACGGUGGGUAAGCCUAUUUCGAUUCAUUUUCCCAGUUUCGCUCUCUCCGAGGGAAUGAUGUCUAAGACAAGAUGCGUGGCAGUUUACGGUAACGGGACCGUUUAUCUCAGUGAAAUGAGCGUGCCGGCGGCCGGUGUAUGUUACUGUAGAGACGAAGGUCAUUUUUCGAUUGUUGUUCCGGUGAAGAGGAAGAAGCUAGAGGGGCUGUGGUAUCUGUGGGUGGUUGGGUUUGUGGUUGGGAUUUCUGGGUUGGUUGUGAUGGGUUACGCCGGGAUGGCGUCUGUGAGGAUUUUGAAGACGAAGAAGAUUCAGGUGAUGGAAAGACAAGCUGAUGACGAUUUGAUUCUUGAGAGUAGAUGGGUGGGUUGUAGUAAGAUGCCUUCUGCUGCUGUAACAAGAACUCAGCCUGUCCUUGAGAAUGGAGGCCUUCAAUAG